AUGGAUUAUAAAUUUCAAGAUGGAUUUGUACUACUUUUGGACGGACGCAUACUCAAAACACCAGAUGGAAAUCAAGUAGUGAUUCCAUUGAGUAGGCCAGCAUUUGCUGCGUUAACUGCUGCAGAAUGGGAAGGACAAGACAAAGUACUUAAAUCGCAUUCUCUUCCAUUGACUUCUAUUAUUGUUCGUGCAGUCGAUACAUUUAAAGAUGAUUCCAUCAGACAGGGUGUUAUUGACACCAUGCUGAAAUAUGUGCACACCGAUUCAAUAUGCUAUCAGCAAAGCUACCCAAGUUCCUUGGUGGAAUUGCAGAAAUGCUAUUGGAAUCCACUCGUUGAUUGGCUCAAGGAAGCGCACAAUAUUGACAUUGUCACUACUGAAGGAAUUAUAAGUGUUACUCAAUCAGAUGCAGUCAUGGACAAACUUCGCGAAAUCAUUCAAGGCUACGACAACAUCAAACUUGCUGCAUUUGAAAAGGCAGUGAUGCGGAGCAAAUCUUUUAUUAUUGGUCUGGCAUUGAUGGAAGGCGAAAUUUCUGUAGAAUUUGCUACCACUGCAGGUCGAUUGGAAGUCAUUCAUCAGAUUGAAAAAUGGGGAGAAGUUGAAGAUAGUCAUGAUACUGAUCGAGAAGAUCUAGCUAGACAGCUUGGAGCAUGCACAUGUGCUAUUUUGGAAUAG